GACGCUCAGCGCAGCACAUGUACGCGAUUCUCAAUUGUUUAUCAUAGCUUGCUCACUUGGGAAGCGACUACCAUGGCAGACGGUGUGUCCCGUGAGUAAUGAAUUAAUUUAUUCUUUUUUCUGCGUUCUAAUGAAAUUUAUUUUUAUAUUAUAUUGUACAUUUUCUUAUAUUACUAGAAUCCGAGAAAGCUGCUUCGAUGCAGCAGUUGUUGCAACAGCUGCUACAACAACAGCAGCAGCAACAACAAGAACAGCAGCAACAACAACAACAACAGUGACAACAUCAAGAGGAAAUGCAACGAGCGUUGCAGUUUCUCUUUGAUGAGCUCCACAAGCAGCAGCAGCAGCAGCCACAACAGCCGCAGCCGCAACAGCCGCAGCCGCAGGAGGUGCAGCCACAGCCGCAGCCGCAGCAGCUACGGCCAAAACGAAAAAAAGGUGCCGGCCGCGCGCGGGCCCGCUGGCGAGCCCAGCGGCGCUUUUGGGGUGCUGGCCGAGGCGGUGACCGAGGUGGCGACGAUCGAGGUGGCGGCCAAGGUGACGGCCAAGGUGACGGCCAAGGUGGCGGCCGAGGUGGCGGCCGAGGUGGCGGUCCAGGCGAGCGAAGUAUUAGGCGAGGUGGUGGCCGAGGUGGUGGCCCCACAUACAUAUACAAUUAUAAAUAUUAUAAUAUUUCGUAAAAAUAAAUAUUAUAAAAAAUA